UCACCCUAUAGAGUGGCCUGUGGCAGAGAUGACAUCUGCAGCAGCUGUUACUGUGCUUCUACUUCCUGGCUGCAUUUAAAGCCUGGUGGAAACGAGCGAUCAGGCCUGAAGCUGAAGACAGCAGCGUCUCUGCACUUAGAGACGUCUGUCGCUGCUUUGCUUCUCUGCAGUCGCCAUGAAAAUAGCAUCAUUUAACAUCCAGAGGUUUGGAAAAAACAAAGUGGAAGAUCCAAAAAUCCUAGAUGUCCUGAUAAAGACUGUGUCUCAGUAUGACAUCAUCCUGAUCCUGGAGGUGGUGGAUUCCACUGCAGAAUCUGUUCAAACAUUCCUGGACGCACUCAACAAGUCCAAUGAGGCGGCUCCGUACACUAAGAAGCUCAGCAGGCGUCUGGGACAGAAAACCUACAAGGAGCAGUUUCUGUUCCUGUAUCGGGAUGCUGUGGUUAAACUGGACGACUCCUACCAGUUUGAUGAUGUGGCGACGAAAGGGAAAGAUGUUUUCCAGAGAGAUCCCUUCAUUCUGAAAUUUACCUGCCACAAAUCAGUGCUGAAGGACCUGGUGCUGAUUCCAGUUCACACCAAACCCGAGGGCUCAGAGAAGGAGCUGGAUGAGCUGUAUGACGUCACCUCGUACAUCAUGGACAAGUGGAAGACUAAAAACAUAAUGAUCCUGGGUGACUUCAAUGCAGAUGGAGCGUUUGUCACCAAAAAAGAAAUGAAGGCGAUUCGGAUCCGAACGGACAAGAACUUCCACUGGCUGAUUGAGGACGAUGUCGACACCACAGCAAGCGACAAAAACGACAACACGUAUGACAGGAUUGUGGUCUAUGGAGAUGACUUGUUCAAGGCCGUCGUUCCAAACUCGGCCAAAUCCUUCAACUUCCAGAAGGCCUUUAAACUCACCAACGAGCAGGCUCUGAAGGUCAGCGAUCAUUACCCUGUGGAGGUGGAGCUGAAAUAAUAAAAAAGUCUGUCUGCCAAGGAUAAUUAUGACUACAACCACUACAACUACAGCAAAGCUGCUGCUUUUGAUUAAAACUGAAAGAAUCCGUU